CUCUUCAUUAAUAUAGGAACACGUAAAGCUACGGAAGCAAAGCAAACGCAAGUUAGCGUCUCUCUCCAGCCAUCUCUCUUUUUUCUUUCUUUCUCUGUAAUCUCAAGGCAAAGGAGGAAACGAAGAGAAAACGCAGAGGAAGAAAUGGGACUUCUUUCGAACAAGAUCGAGAGAGAGGUGUUAAAGCCAGGGGAUCAUAUCUACUCAUGGAGAAACGCUUACUUAUAUGCCCAUCACGGCAUAUAUGUUGGUGAUGAAAAGGUUAUCCAUUUCACUCGGGGAGCGGGCCAAGAAAUUGGCACAGGAACUGUGUUAGACCGAUUUGUUUUCAGCUCAUCUCCUUCUCAUCCUUCAGAUAAUCCAUGCCCAAAAUGUGGUGAUCAAUCAAGGCUUGAUGGUGUCAUCUCGUCCUGCAUUGACUGUUUCCUCUCAGGUGGCGAUCUCUAUCUCUUUGAGUAUGAUGUCUCAUCAGCUCUCUUCCUUGCUAAACCUCGAGGUGGUACCUGCACCCUUGCCAAAUCUGACCCACCAGAAGACAUCCUUCACCGUGCUUCCUUCCUCUUGCAGAAUGGUUUUGGUGGAUACCACAUUUUCAAGAACAACUGUGAGGAUUUCGCAAUCUACUGUAAGACUGGUUUGCUCGUUAUUACUAAUAUUAGUGUUGGCCGAAGUGGGCAGGCCGCUUCCUUCUUAGCUGCUACUAGUGCUGUUGUUUCUUCACCACUUCGAUUUUUGACAACCAGCUUUAGCGGCCUGGCAAUUGUGGGAUAUGGGAUGUAUUGUGCCAGCCGGCUAGUUUCUGAUAUCGGAGUACGUCGUGAUGUGUCCAAAAUCCCUGUUGAGCAGCUUAUUGCCGGUUCUCGCCGAAAUGAGUCAGAAGUUGUGGCUGACCUGGCCAAGGAAAAUUAACCUUAUUUACCAACAACAAUUGUGAGCGUGUGGAUUUAAAAGAAAUGUUGUAUUGUGGGUAGUUGCAACUCCAGCUGCUAAACUCCCAUUUUCAGUGAUCUCCCAUCGGCCUAUUCAUUGAUGCCCUAGGGAAAUAUUGUGUAUUUCGAAAAUGUUUGUUAUUGGAGUGAAAUUGUUGAUUCACGGACAAA